GAGGAUAGCAAGGAGGAGGAAGAGAAGGAAGAUGAUGCUGAAGAGCCAAGUUUUGUGAUGGGGAGAGGAUGAAGCCUCUGAGGGACAGCAGGAAACGAUGUUCAUGGCUUUCCAUGCAGAAGCAUGAAAGUCUUUCAUCUCAGCCGAGCAGAACCCAUUGGUGAACGUUAUAUCUGCUUAAUGGUGAAUGACCUUCACAUUGCAGGCCCGAGAGAUAUCGAUAGAGAAAUGCCAAAUAAGAGAUUUUGUUUUCUUAAUUGCUUGUAUAACUGCUGUGCAGUCUGCUCUGUUUGCUCUAACGAGUCAGCCAUAAGUCUCUGUGACCCUUAGAGUUCUUUCUGACAUGGCCCAGAGUGUUUUUCUGUCCGAAAGCUGAAACACAUCCAUUACCAUUUAAGGAAAAUAUUACUGUGAGGACUACAUAAUCUGCUGUUGUCAAAGCUGGUAGCAAUCAGAUAUCUGAAUCUAAGGGCAGAGUUUAAUGUGAAGUAGAAAAGUGGUCUGUAGCCAGGCUCUCAAGCACUGUGAGUGUUCUGAAUCUGGGGAUUUGUAUGGGGUCAUCUCUAACCCAAAGAAAUCAGUUUAUGUUGCUAGACAAGUUCUAUAGAUUUUUAAGCAGGAUCCCUUUUCUAUUGCUAAGACUUUCCCCAUUACUUUUCCUCCAUGUUUUUUAAAUGAAUAAAAGGGAUGUGUUGGCUUGUUCUGUCUUCUUUUAUUUGCAGAGGAUUUUGGUGAAAUGAAGAGGUGUUUGCAGUGCUGCAGGAAGGAACAGAAAGGCCAAAUGUUGUGGCACAUGCAAAUAUGGAAAAAGGUGUUAGCUGCAUUUCAUAUACUUUUUGCUUUUGGAUUUGAACAUUAUUAAGAUUUUCCUAAAGACUGUGUGUGUAAAACCUCCAAAUCUGUAAAGCAGAAAGGGUUGGAAUGGAAUGGCUUUGCUUGUGUUAAGCUUCAUGUAGUGACACCUGGCUUUCCCCCUGCUUGAGCUCUCUGCUUUGAACUCUGAGUUCUCUGGUAAGAAAAAUAAUAAUCUGUAUGUAUAUUUGUUGAUGCUGAAAUGAAAAGCAAAUGCAUUAAUGGUUUUAUUUGUAAAUAAGGUUCUUGUCUUUUCAGCGCAUCUUGAACUAGAAGUGCCUGCAUCCCACAGAGUCAGCAUCCACAGUGUGGCGAUGUUUCUUCUCAAGCUCUUGUUAAUGCCAGAUUACUUAAAGCAAAAAACAACGAAAAGGAGUCACUUGUUAGUUUUUAGUCCUUGAACAGUGCUGCCAGGAAUCCGGCAUUCUGUCUGAGCUGGCUUUAUGCAGUGGUUUCUCGGUAUUUCUGUGACAGUGGGGAAGCAGAUGUCACCAAGUGCCAUUUAGGAUUAGAUGCCCUGUGCCUCCCUGCUGCCCCAUGCCGAGCAUCCACAUGGAACUCUUGUGUUAAAUCUGGGUAGAGCCAUUUGCUUUGGGUAAGUUGUGACUGUUUCAUUCUGUAGUGCUUAAGAUACAGAAUGGAUGUCCCACAGUUGCUGGAGGUAUCCCAGUGUAAAGCCCUGAGUUAGGGGAAUUAUUUCACUCAAAUCCCCCUUUGGGUAGGUACGCCCUAUUGAUGGAUCCGUAAUGUGGGACGGGCCACGCUGUGGUGUUUGUUGGCUUCUGGUUGGAGGGAAAGUGAGAACCUCACAAAUAAACAAAGACUGUUCUGCCUGUGAGCUUGUCAGGCUUUUGAGCUGAAUAAAUCAGUGCUGGUUGGCAUUAAGCAGAGCAGGCGUGUGCUGCAUGAGGACUUCUCACAGCUGGGGAAGGAGAUGGAGUUGAGUUGGUCUUGGUGAACUACAUGAACACAGGUUGUAUGGCCUUGUCCUGGCUCCUCAGCACAUUGUGCUGCCCGUCCUGAAUUACUCACACACUGUGUUUGUGAGGAGUGCUUGCUUUGGGUGUGAAAUCCCUAAAAAGCCCAGAGAAUGUGGUGCUGAGGUGGUGUCUGCCUUACGGCCAUCCUUUUAGCAGCAGGAUCCGCAUCGGGUGUGUGCUGCUCUGAGUUCUGAGAGCCACCAUGCCGUGCUGGGGUGGUGUGCGGUACCACGUCCUCCAGAACACAAAGACACUCAGGAGUGAGGGAAGCCGAAGCACAAACGCUGACCACAAUGGGAGAAGCAUCAUCUUCUCAACAUCACCCGCGUGUAGUAAAGCAGAGAAAAAUCAGGGAUGGCUCCUUGUUCCAAAUACAGCAGUAAUAACGUGAAGGUUUUAAGCAGCCCCGGAGCGUGACCCGCUUCCAUUAAGUUCUUGUUUGGAUCUCUUUGCAGAGCAGUCAGCCUGCAGCAGGAAGGAGCGGUGUCAGCAGGGAGCAGAAGGGGCCGUUCCGCAGGAGCCAGCAGUGUUAGUGCCGUGACCACGCGGGGCUAUUGCCAAUCUCAAAGACGAAAAGCUCGCUCAGGAAACCCCCGGAGCCCCCUGCAGCCCCUCCAUGCCCACAGGCAGUCAGUUUAUUUUUCUAGGGGAAGAAGCAGCUGUGAUUGGGUGUUCUUGUUCUCCCCUUGUAACCUCUGAAUUCGUCUUUCUUCUAAUGGAAUUUGUCCCGGGCUUGAUGUUUCCAGCAUGCUGAAUUCCUGUGUGCUUUAUGGAAACAAAUGGCAGCACGGAGGCCGUCGGUGUCCCAGCGAACACAAAGCCAGCACCCCCACUCCACACAUACAGGAUGCCAUCACAGGAAGCAGUGCCGUAUCUCUGCCACUCACAGACGUGCUUCCCUCAUGAUGAGUUCUGAACUGAACGUCCCGGUGGAUCCCUCCACUCCUGCUUGCUGCUCUGAGCCUGGCACCAAGGGCAUGGAUUAUCGGGACUGGGUGCGCCGCAGCUACCUGGAGUUGGUGACCUCCAACCACCACUCUGUUCAGGCCCUGUCCUGGAGGAAGCUGUACCUGAGCCGAGCCAAGCUGAAAGCCUCCAGCAGAACCUCUGCUCUGCUCUCUGGAUUUGCAAUGGUUGCCAUGGUGGAGGUGCAGCUGGAGAUGCAGUACAAGUACCCGCAGAUGCUGCUCAUCGCGUUCAGUGCCUGCACAACGGUGCUCGUGGCCGUCCAUCUCUUUGCCCUUCUCAUCAGCACCUGCAUUCUGCCGAACGUGGAAGCAGUGAGCAACAUCCACAACCUGAAUUCCAUCAGCGAAUCCCCGCACGAGCGCAUGCAUCCCUACAUCGAGCUGGCGUGGGGCUUCUCCACGGUGCUGGGAAUCCUCCUUUUCCUCGCAGAAGUGGUGCUGCUGUGCUGGAUCAAAUUCCUGCCCGUGGACUCCAUCCUGAAGAACGACACCACCACCAUCCAGAAGCCCAGCGGCCACGCGGGCUGGCAGGCAGCUCUGGUCUCCACCAUCAUCAUGGUCCCAGUGGGGCUGAUCUUUGUCGUCUUCACCAUUCACUUCUACCGCUCUUUGGUGCGGCACAAAACGGAGCGCCACAACCGAGAGAUCGAAGAGCUUCACAAACUGAAAGUGCAGUUGGAUGGGCAUGACAGGGGCAUGCAGGUGGUGUGACGGGGGCUGAGGCCGAGGGCAGAAUGCCUGUUUUGCUGGAUGCUGGGGCACACUGGUGGUGGGUUGUUUUGAGGCUUCGAUAUGUAAAUGCUCAUUGCCUGCCGCAUAUAGCUGUGGGUUCUAACGCUGUUUCAGACGCUGCAGUCUCCGGUCCUACACACUUCUGUACUUCAGUGGACGCUGCCAUGGAAUGCAAGGUCAAAUCUUUAUCUACCUUUACAUCGGUACACCUAGCCAAAAAUCUGCGCUGUUUUCCAAAUGUGACUUUCUGUUGCCAAAAGUCAAACUGCAUCAGCUGUCCAAAAAGGCUGUGUGUGUGUAGGACCUGUCUCAGUGUCAGGACUCGCUGGCUGGCUGUGCAGCAGCAAUGGAUUGGCAGUUUGUUUCUAGAGCUGAGCUGGUUAAUGAAGGUAUCUGCACCUGACCUGAGGACGUUUGGAAAGCACAAUAGGAACUGUGAGUGUUCAUCGCCUUUGUUCCAAAGCAAAUGUUCCAUAAACGUAUAACCAGGAAGAAAUCAGCCUUAGCUUUUAUGUUCUUUUCUCACUAUUCCUUUCCAUGCUUCUACAGAGUCUAAAUGCAGGGGGCUGGGGACUUGUGGUGUUCUGUCUUCAACAGCAUCUGUCACUUUAGACUGAACAGAUGCCAAGAUCACUUGGUUUUUUUCCAAUAGGAGCCCAGGGAAGGCUUACAGGUGUUUUAGUUUUAACAAGGACAUGAUUAAAACAGAACAGUGACGAAAUUGAAUGAGAUGAAGCUUUGAAGGACUAGAAAAGCGAGUUUCAGGGAGGAAAAGUGGCAGCAGACAGCAGUAGAAACUCGUCCCUGUGUUGUUUUCAGUUAUGUCCUGUUGGAAUGUCUUUUUCUUGGUGUGCUGGAGAGAACAAGCCCUGGGCCUGCGUUUUUGGCUGGUGCUGUUUGUCAGCUGUAGUGUUUGCCUGUCAGAAAGGACCGCUUCCUUCUCCCUCCACCAAAGCAGGCAGCUCCUCUGGGGCACCUGGAGCUGCAGGGCAGGGCUGACGGAGCUGGACCCAGCGGAGAUCUGUGUGCCAUUGAAGAGCUAUCACGUUUCAUUUGGGCUGGCUUCUUGUCCAGCAUUAAAGAAAAAGACACUUGCACGUCAGUAUGGCUUAGCAAGGGAAGCUUGUGAAUCCUGCAGCAUCCUUUUGGGCAAAAACUGCCAUAAAAAGUAUUGCAAGAGAAAGGAGUGUUUUGCAGUCAUCAGCUCUUCUAAGAAACGUGAAGCUUUCUGACACACGGCCGAAAGAAACAUAAGCCCAUUUUCCUGGCCCUGAUCCUAAGCCCAUUUCCUGCUCUGCACUCAAGCACUGCAGAGUCUCCCAGCUCCCAGGCUCUGUAGGUUCCUGAAAUCGUUACGGAUGUUUGUAAUGUUCUGUUGAACGAUGGUCCUCUCUUCCACUGGGAUCUGAGAAAUCCAAUGGCAGCAUGUUCUAUGUCAGCUUCCCAGAACGGGGAGUACACGCAAAUCCCAGUGAGGCUGUCCCUGUGCCUCCCUCUCUGAUGAGGGUCUUGGGAAACUAACUCUCAUUUCUCUUGUUUACACGUGAGUUUGAGCAUUGCUGAACAAGUUGCUUAGCACCGUGUCUGUGCCUUUCAUCUGUUGUUCUUGCCGCAGUUGGCAUGUACCAUAUUGGCUGAUGUGCAGCAGAGAAAAUCGUUGCUGUGUGUGACAUGACUAGCCUGUACUUAUGCACAUAUGCAAAAAAUGAGGAGUGUCCUCCAGGAAGUGGAUGGGCAUGAGAUUCGUACCAUCCCCCAGCAGCCCGCCUCUCUUCCUCCUCCUCUUACCAAAAUAAAAGUUAAAGGUUUACGUAACAAAAUCAGAGUUGAGUUUUCUGCCAAGUAUUACACACACGUAGGCUCUUCUUCCAGCAAAAUCUCUACUGCGAAGCCAGAGCUGGAGCAGAUAGGAUUAAUGUCGUAUCUGUACUUUGCAUUUUGUUUCCUAUAGCAGCAGUAGUAAUUGGUCUCUGUGCGCUGUGGAGCCCAGGAGGUUUGAAAUCGGCUGUAGAAGAAAGUACUGUAGCAUUAUUAUUAUUAUUUUUUUUUUGUAAUAAAGAAAUUGUCAAAUUUCA